GUUCAGGAAUAUUCAUUCGUCCAUUCUCAACAAUUACAAGUAAUAUUCCAGUAACCAAGCCUCUAAAACUAUAUACGCAUUCUAGAGAAAAGAGAGUAAUUCAUAAAUUCGAUAAUUACCGAAAUUAGUGGUGAUUGAAAUAAUUGACUGCAAUCCGAUGUUCCGAUAGUGGAUUUUGAAAAAUAGUGUGAUAAAAAAUUCUACCGCAGCUCCUCUGUGGAUUGAUGGAGAACCACUGGGGAUCAGCGCGUCAGCUGAUUCGCAGAAAAUUUGGUUCGUAAUUGGAAGUCGUUGUGCAUUUCAAACAGACAGGCCUGUGAUACUCGAUUAAUUCAAUUUUAUUGCGAUUAUAAUCAAGAGGAUGGCUGAAUACACGGUGAUCACCUCAGAUUUCGUGAAUCUAACUAUUUCGAAUUCCGGACAGCAAUCGUGCUCCGUCGAGAGAAGAUUUCAGAAGGGAAUUACCAUAGAUGACUUUAAGGGAAAAUUGGAGCUACUGACAGGAGGUAAUCGUGCCACGAUGAAACUGGAGGUCUACGACAAGAAUAAUCAGUCAGUCUGCAGUCCUGAUAAUGGAUCACGUCUCCUAGGGUCCUAUCCCAUCGACGAUGGCAUGAGAGUUCAUGUUACUGACACAUUCAUUCGUCCAGAGGAGGACUUGUCGAAGGUGGAAAAAUUCGAGAUAUCUGAGGAGGAAUAUUCAAAGCGUCCAGACACCGUUAAGGCAUUUCUGGCGAAGAAUAAAUUGGGAAAAUAUAAUGAGGAAGAGCUUAAGAAGAGGGAGGAAGAGAAAAAGCUCGAGGAAGUUGCAGAGGAGGCGCUUGCUCUCACAAUUAACGUGGGUAAUCGCUGUGAAGUUUCUGUGCCUUCAUUUCCAAAACGAAGAGCAACCGUGAUGUACGUUGGCAAAACAGAUUUCAAAGAGGGCUGGUGGGUUGGAGUUAAAUAUGACGAGCCAUUGGGGAAAAAUGAUGGAUCCGUAAGUGGAAAGAGAUACUUCGAGUGUCCUCCCAAAUACGGAGGAUUCGUGAAACCUGCGUACAUCAAAAUAGGAGAUUUUCCAGAAGAGGAUUACAAUCUCAACGAGGAGUUAUAAAUAUCAAAGAUUUUCUAGGCUAAUAAAUCGUAACGUUUUUCAUUUUUGAUACAAAAUCGUACUGCUAACGUUUUUUAAUUACAUCGACUAGAUAGAGAAUUAAUUUCUUUAUGUAGCUUUCCAUAUUUUCAAUCGAUAGGGAAAAGAAUGCAUCGACUCAUCAAAAUAAAUGCACACUAUUUCUAA